UCAGGUAUUUAGUUCAGGUCCAUCAGGCCUCAGCUCUUCAGGUCGGGUUGGUAUUUGAGGCCACGCCCCCUGGUGGGUGUGGCCAGAUGUGACACUGGGGCGAGUGAAGUCAGUCUGCAGUCAGAGGACGUUCUGUGUUCCUGUCUGAGAGACGCCGACGGUGAUUCCCUCCAGUUUCUAGCAGCUGUCAUCUUCAUCCUCCUCAUCUUCAUCAUGCCUGAGACAGCAGAGUCCCACUCCGCCACCCUCACCACCAAUCGCAACUGCUCCAUGGAGAUCUCCAACCUGAGCAGUUCUUACUGCCUGGUUAAUCCAAAGGUCUACAUGGAGAGUGGUUUCUCCUUCAGUCCUCCUCAGCCAACUGUCCGCACCAACAACACGGAGGUCUGCUCUUUCACCAAGGACGACAACACGGCGUCGGGUGCCGUGGGGGUCCUGACGUACGACAUCUUCCACAUGCAGAAGAAAAGCUGCGAUGGCGUGAUGGCCGUCAUGUUCUCCGUGCCCUUCGACUACAACUUCUACAAGAACUGGCUGGGCGUGGGGAUCUUCGAGAAGGGCCAGGCCUGCGACGAGAAGCUCUAUAAGCUCAUGUACAACAGCAAAGACUUCUCCCACUUUGUCCGCCACGAGGCCGACGGCUCGGGGGUCGUGUUCAGGAACAACGCCGUGGACAUCAGGGCCUGCAUGUCCGACGAGGGCCGGGCCAUGGUCAAACUGGAGGUCUACGACAGGAUGGGUUAGACCUGGGUCUGAGAACCCAGACUCAGAGGGUCCCUCAUGUCAGGUCCUGGUGUUUGAUCAAUAAAACGAGUCAAUGAUCCA